AUGGAGGCGUCACCGCUCACUCGGCAGCCUCAGCCGGAGGUUUUUACUCCUAAGAUCAGCCAGCUGUACGACGAGGUUUUUCAGCAUGCUGAAGAGGGACGACAAUCAAAGGGCUUCUGGAGGGAGUUCUUCCUCUUGAAGCCAGACCUCGCCAUCUUGCGGAAGCUACUGCAGGACACCCCCCCCGCGCAUAUGUUGCUUUUGGAGGGGCAGUCGCAGGAGCUCUUCAGCGAGGCCAUUGACGCCCUCAAAUCUGGCCGUAGCAGCGCGCCACGAAAUGCCCUGGAUACCUUGAAGGUGUUUUUGUCCUGUGUCCUGACGAAACGAUAUGCUCACCCGAGCUCGGCAAUCAUCGCGCUACUAGCUGGGCUGGACCGCAUCGAUACCGUCUUCACAGAUUUUGUCGGCACCCUAGACGUCGCAAUUCGGAUGGGAGACGACUUGGAACAACGACACAAGGCGAUCGGUGUAUUGCUGGCCAUUACAGCUGGGGCAUACCAAACGACGUUGCUUACCUAUAUGAUACAAAGGGACUUGUUUCCCGCUGUAAUCAAGUUCAUCCAGGAUGCCCAAUCGCCAGCCAUGGUCUUGGAGCCUCUUAUCCUGCUAAGCCUGCUGGCCAACUACAACAAGUUCGAGUUCCAGAACCCUUAUCAAUUACGAUUGAACGACUUUAUCAACGAAGGCGCCAUGACGACCAUUGUUACCUGCAUUGGCAAGGCUUCCCAGGUGAUUCGCGCUGAUUAUAUUGACAUCCAGGAUGAUUUGCCGGAAGGCUGGACAUUUUCCACCGCACUUGGAUUGCUGGGACUUGGUGCUAUUGCACCAGGUACGAAACAAGAAAAGAAGCCGAUAUACGACGCUGCGACCGCCAAACAAAUGUUCACAAAACUCCCAAAGGAACGGGCGGCGAUGCUGCUAGCUGCAUACGACUUCAGCCAUGCGAACAAGUUGUUCUGCACUAGCUUUGUUACGGCCUCUAGCGACAAGGGAACUGAACGGCCCAUGGCGGCAUAUUUAUCCCUCACAUCCUACCUCCUCCAACAUGCGCACCUGUCACAUCGCUCUACUUACUAUGCGCAUUUGAACCUAAUGGUAUUCCGUCUUCUGAUAGAAGACCAAUCCAUCUGUAAGAUACUGUGCAGCGAUGAGUACAAUAUGGCCGUCCGCCUCUGCCGGCAUAGGCCACCGUUCUUACCCCUCGUCAAAGGUGAACGAGUGCUGGUAUGCUCGCUUCUCGACACGAUGAUUGAUGGCAUCAAUCACAAUCUCAGAAAAAGACUCGAUGUAUCUUUAUACACUCUCUGUCUGGGCAUUUUACUGCGGGUCAUUUCGUAUGUGUCGCGGUCGCGAACUCGGCUACAAUACCAUUGGGCGGAAUUUUUCAGAUCUCUGCUUUCGUUACUGCGUUUCCUUACUACGUACACGGCGGACUUGCAGGACUUGCCUCAUAUGGAUACCCUUGUUGAUCAUGUGGUCAACUUGCUCGCGCUGUCGCUCUCGGCCGGCGAAGCGUUUCUUCCCACCCCUGCCGCAUACGACGAUCUUUUCUACAAAAUCGUGGAAAGUGGCGAAAUUUUGGGCAAGUUUAAACAAAACUAUGGACUGGGAAAGCGGGUUGGCAGCUCGAUUGACACACUCAUCAAUGUCAGCACGCAUUACAACCAGCUCCUUACCGAAGGCGGUGGAAAAAAGAAGCCGAACAAUCUGACGACGACGCAAGUGACUGGUGUUAUCAAACAAGGUUAUGAAACUUUGAGUAUUCAAGCAAAGGAGGGUCUUGAUUCGUGGGAUAGGUAUAGAGAAGCUGAUGAUCGCAUUUUGCUCAAAAACAUGACUAGAACGGCAGUCGCUGAUGUUUGCGAGCUGGUGGACGCAGAGUAA